AUGCCGUCGUUCUGGCUCAGCGAUUCCCAAAAAAUCGGCGUCGCCUUCUGCUCAGGGGGCGGCUUCUUCCUCCUAGCGGGAGUGAUGAUGUUCUUCGAUAGGGCACUGCUAGCAAUGGGCAACAUCCUCUUUAUCUGUGGCCUCACUCUCCUCAUCGGUCUCCAGAAGACACUUCUCUUCUUCGCGCGCCGCCAGAAGAUCGCCGGCACCGCCGCCUUCGUGACCGGUAUCCUGCUCAUCCUCCUCCGCUGGCCGCUGAUUGGCUUCUGCGUUGAGCUCUACGGCAUCUUCGUCCUGUUCGGUGACUUCUUCGCGACCAUCGCCGGCUUCGUGAGACCGAUUCCAUACGUGGGCCCAUACGCAGCGAAUUUCCUGGAAAGAAUUUCGGGUGGAAGGCGGAACUCAGAGCUGCCUGUCUAA